AUGUGCCCUUCUCAUCUGCCUGUGCAUGGCCACAACAGGAUUCUUCUGGGAUUGCAUCCGUUUGGCUCUGAUUGUGGCACGCGCAGACGCAUAAGCCGAGAGAAGCGAGAGGAGUACUGGGCACUCAAAGGCCGAUGGCUAAUCAACAACGGCGAAGCACUCGACGACGACGAGCGCGACAGUGUCAUGGCUGAGCGCGAGAUGAUCGAGAAGGAUGUGGUGCGCACAGACAGGACCAGCACAUUCAUGAUCGGUGAGAACAACCCCAACUUAGCCAUCAUGGUGGAGAUACUGGUGACGUACACCACACACUGUCCUGAGCUGGGCUAUGUCCAGGGUAUGUCUGACCUUCUGGCGCCAGUGCUGCAGAUCUGUGAGAACGAGGCCGAUGGCUUUUGGUGCUUUGUGGGGUAUGUAGAUUGUUCUGUGUUAUCUGGUGAUACCCUUUGUGUGUUGUCAAUAGUUUAA